AUGGCGGAUAUUGUCCGUGACAAUCAGAACCCAAACGAGCCACACGUGUUUGAGCCAAACAAAAUUAAAAACAUAAGCUUCGCGAGUGUCAACAAUGGAGUCCCAGCAAUCUACUUCUCUGGCGUGGAUACUCGGCAGCUUGCUGAGAACAUGGGGAAUGCUGUGGUGGGCAAGUUCUCGCACUCCAUCCCGGCGUCGCAUCAGAUCCAAAAGGCACUUGACAACAUCAAAUUCUCCAAGGGUAUGACUUGGAAAUACAUCAAUGCUAAACACAUACUUAUCCAAUUCGAUGAUAUUGCGGACUAUGCCCGUAUGCUCGGAGGGCCGAAGGGAACCCCGAUUUGGUACGUUGACCGCCACUCAAUGCGUGUUUUCAAAUGGUCUCCUGAUUUUGAUGUAUAUUGUGAGUCCCCAAUAGCUGCCAUUUGGUGUAACUUGAUCGCGCUCCCCAUCCAUCUAUUUGACACCGCGGCCCUGUUCGCAAUUGAGAAACUCCUUGGCACGCCGAUCCAAAUUGACAAGGCCACAGCAGCCAAGUCGCGCUUGUCCUUUGCUCGCAUCUGUAUUGAGAUCGACAUUACUAAACCUCCCCCAGAAGAGAUCAUCCUCGACAUUUGCGGGAGGGAGAUCAUCCAGCAGAUUAAAUGGGACAAAAUCCCUGCAUAUUGCCUGGAUUGUAAGCACGUUGGGCAUACAAAAGAGGUUUGCUACGCCAAUGGUAGAACGGGAAGGCCUAUGAAGCGGAACUACCAUACCAUGCCGCCACCGGGGAUGGCCCAAGGAGAGAAAACCAGGUUCAACAAUGGCAACCAACAGACGGACAAAACCAUGAAGCCAAAUCAGGAAGGCAACACCAAUUCAUUAAAACUGAUCAAUUACCAGAAAGACGAGACACCCUCUGCUCACCAGCCGGAUAUCAUGGGCAAUUUCGGAGAGGCAGAAUAUCCGGAUCAGGAUUUCCAAGUUCAAGGACGUCGAAGGCAAGGGAAUCAACGACGCAGCCUCUCACCGGGGUAUAAAACGAGCCAUGGGGCGAGGAAGGGAGCCACCUAA